AGUAAACACAGGCCAACCUACUUAUAACACGGAAGUAAACACAUGUUAAUAAUUCACUCGUUAAUACUCAUAAACUAUAACCAAGUUGUUUUAUAAUACUUUGCUGGUUCCUCUGGUCGCCUCCUUCCUGGACGGGGGCGCUCUCUGCUCGCUCCUCAGCCUGAUUCUGAACACUUGAUUUUACCCACACAGCUGCAGCCCUCCCCUGUCUCUCUACCAGACCGGAUCCACCGGAGAACCGACUCACUGUGAGAACCCUAUCCAUCACAUUCAUCUAACAUGGAGUUCUCCAUUCGAGCAGCCAACGUGGAGGACUGCAAGGACAUCGCGCGGAUGAUCACGGAAUUGGCUGAAUAUGAGAAAAUCUCAGAACAUGUGAAAGUCACACAGAGAGACUUGGAGCAGGACGGCUUCUCCAAGAACCCAUUCUUCCACGGGAUCGUCGCAGAGGUGCCAGAACAGCACAAAACCAAAGACGGCCAUACGAAGAUCGGCUAUGCACUUUACUUUUACUCCUACAGCUCAUGGACAGGAAGAGCCGUUUAUAUGGAGGACUUGUACGUGAUGCCUGACUUCAGAGGGAAGGGAAUUGGUAAAGCACUGAUGAGCAAGGUUGCACAGCUUGGCCUGGCCGCCGGCUGUGGCCAGCUCAACUUCACCGUUCUGGACUGGAACAAAUCAUCUCUGGACUUUUACCUCAACCAGGGUUGCACCGAUGUCACUGCUGACAUGGGCUACCACUACAUGAGCUGCAAAGGAGAAGCGCUGGAGCACCUGGCCCAACCUUAAGCCAACAUCGGGCAAUAUGGAACGGCAAGACCUUUGCGACUAUAAGGUUAAUAUUCACAGUACAGGGAUACACUGGCCCCGUUCCAAAACUUGACCAUGACAAUCGUUCCACUUACAUAACAAAAAGAGAAUGAAGCAAAUAAUUGACUGUUUGUUAAGCCCCCACCACUACUGGGUGCUGUUGCUACACCUGUAGUGUUCCACAGCAGCACAGAAGCAGCAUUUAGCUAGUGCUAGCUAAUAAGCUGAGACUAAUAACUCACAAUUUGGCUAACUACUCUAUGUUUUUUAAAGAAUACCUGUCUUCAAAUUUACAAAGCUGCCCACGAAAGUAAGAUUAUCUUCUAUAGACAAAUACUUUUUGUCAAUUCUCUCAGUUGAAAUGACAAAAGUAUGAAUAUUUUGAGUUGUAGUUUGAGAUGGCUUGCUAAUUUACUGAUGCAAACUCACCAAGUUGGCGGAAAACUCGCUUUACAGAUGUUCUUUUUGGUUGACUUUCUCUUAACUGAUAUCCUAGUAAAAUAUACAUAGCAUGGCUGCAUACAUGAUUACUUAAGAAAUAAGGCUAAAGCUAAGCUACAUGUAUCUGGCAACAAGUCUUUGAAAUGAAAACUACAUAGUAGAUGGUUAACAAACACACAGCUAUCAUAAUGAAUUAACUAAUAAGCUUGAUUAAAAACCUUCCGUCCUAAAUUAUGAGAAGUAUUGCUAACAUUAGCCCUAAGCCUUAUAUAGCAUUUUGGCUAGUUGUAGAUUUGACUUAUAUAACGUCAUGAAAAAAAUUAAGCUUAUUUACUGCUACCUGUAAGCAGCUAGCUAGGUAAGCAUGCUAACAUUUGCAGCUAGCAGAUAAACCAUGGCGCAUUCCUCCCUGUUUCACUCAGAACUAUUAAUAUUGUUAUUGAUAUUGCUUCAACAUGACGGCUACAUGAUCUGCCUUGUUCGGUUCAUGGAGGGCUUAAAAAACAGUCAAUUAGCAAGAAACAGUCACUUAGCUUAGCAAUAGAGAAACAAGAAUGCAAAUUUAAAAAAUAUUGGAAUGGGGCCUAUGCAAUAUAUUUAAAUAGUAUACAACUGAGACACCGAAUAGUGUGUUUUGUGUUAACCCAUGUGAUACAUUAUGACUUAGAGCACCUUUGAUUUCUAUGUUAAAUCAGAUAAGUGUUAAUAAUAUAGAAUAUAUGGCCAUGAGGAGGGUCUAACACGAGUGUGUGUGGGAUUAUGGGAGACAUUUCGUACAUCAUUAACUAUGAAUAAAAUUUGCACAAAUAUCCAUAAUAAGAACAUUAUGCAUUGAAAGCCAAGCUGUAUAUUUCCUUGUGUGAGUGCUGAAAGAGAGACUUUGUGGUAUCCUAUCCCUUUAAUUUCAUUAUAGAAUAUGACAACAGCAACCAAAGAGUCAGUCACCUCUCCCAUCGUCUUCCAGAUGAGGAGCUUUGUAAAAGCUGUUGUGAAGCACAAUGUUGGUAUUUGCACUGUUUUCAUGGUAUAAAGCUACUUGGUUAGCGUUCUUGAGGUUAAAUUGUGACGUGAUUGAAUCAGUCAGACUCAGGUUGCACUUACUUUGGAGGUGAUGUCUGAAAUCAGACAAAAACACGAUGUACGCACAUCUGGGGUAGAUUUAAAAAUAAAGUCUUGGACUGGACUUGGUUUGUGUCUUUGAACCUGUCCAGCAAAAACUAAAGGGGCACAUUCUGGUCUGCACUUCUGUUUUAUAUCCCAGACUACUUUUUAUUUUUUUAACUUUUUGUAUCAUUUCCAGCAAGUUAAUGAAAACAGCCUGGGCUGCGGGUUAUAUUUAGUUUGUUUUCUCUAGCUCUAAACAAGUAAGAACCACUGACCCUCCUCUGUAGGUUUUGCAAUUUUCAUAUCAUUUUAGACUUUCUCUGCAAAAUAAUUUAAGAGAACGUGCUGUUUUUAUUUUGAGUUUUGGGGUUAUGAGGUUGUAAAAUAUUCAGGUAUUGUUUGUUUUCGAUGUGCAGUAUCUACAGACGAGUACAUUUAAUGUGCUAUUACGGAGCGUGUGAGCCAAAAGAUCAGCAUACAGUCCAAGAGAACAUGAAGGGGUAUUUAUAGCUGCCAUUGUUUGCGAGUACAACACAUCGCCAAACCCCAGAGCUAUAAAAAUAUACAACUUUGCUCCCAGCGCGAAUGCGUGAAGUUGAAGUUCAAUCUUGAUUCCUGUCAAAUAUUUGCAAUAAUUUUCUGUAGAGGAGCAAUGUUUCUGUGGAAAAGACAAACAGAUGAUUAAAUGUCUGAAAUAUUUACUCAGAUUUUUAGAUUAAAGGUUGUGUAUGUAAUUUUCAGAACAGUCAGUGAAAGUUGAAAAGACUACUACGAUAACAGUUUGGUUUUCCUGAUAGCCGUAUUGAGGUAUCCUGUGUUUACAUUACAUGCUUCCGAUGUGUUCGUUAAUUCAUUAGGCAUUGAUGUUAUAAGGAAUUAGAGGCAUAUUUUGAAUGGGUCUGGUUUUGUGGCUGAAAUAGUUCAAAGUGAAUACGGUCAUCGUGAAGUGAAAAUCUUGUGAAUCCAGACAUUUUUUAAAAAUCACAUCAUCCACUAUGUUUUUAAAGGGCUUCAUAACAUCAUAUAACUCCAGCAUCCAUAAAGAAGCAUUAAAGCUCCUCUACUGAGGUCGACACAAUAAUGGAUUCAUAGGUUUUUCACAUGACCACAUACAUUAAUGUCUUAACGUUCUGUCACAUGUAGAACCUAGAACCUGCAUGAGAUCCAAGCGUAUUUUAGGCCACCUGCUGGCACCCACUCCUGAACACAGAGUGUGUUUCACUGUUUACCUGUCCUUGUUUGACUGCUCUGUUCAGUUUACACUGAGGAAUAAAAUCUGUCAGACUGCAGUAAAAUAAAGUGAUUCGUGGUGUGAAUGUG